AUGGCGCACCGCACACCCACGCCCGACAUUACUAUCCAGCGCAAUCGCCUGCCCAAUCUAUACGAAGUCCUCAGCCGCCAGACAAAACCGCCCGUCGAUCUGUUUAGUUUCUACAUCUACAUGCGCGAUGCUCAACGCAGUGUUGACUACCUCGAUUUCUGGCUGGAUGUGUCACAACACAUGUCGCUAUGCCGACACUACGUCCGAGGUCUUCAUCGCAGCGUGCUAGCCGAAACACCUGAGCUGGAGAAGAGCGGCAGCAAGCGUAGUUCGCAAGUACUGGAACAAUACGACGACAGCGGCAUGGUGGGCCCCAGCUCCAACGACAAGGAUACACGCGUUUCUGCCUUCCUGCGCGGCGACAACAACAGUAUGCACUCGCCCUCGCAAUCUCUCGGCAGCAACAACUUUGAUCCCCAAAACAAUCGCCGCUCAAUGGUCGACAGCACUCAAGACACCAGCCCCUACACCCAAGACCAGUCUCCUACCGGUACUACCGUUUCCAGACAGGACAUUCGUGCCAGCGCUGAGAAAAUCUUGUACACCUACCUGCUACAAGGUUCCGAACGUGAAAUUAUCAUUCCCGUCGGCAUCCUCGAGCAAGUCACAGACGCCAUUGAGACCCAGCAACGUGAUGAUCCAGAGGUCUUUGACGCAGCUAAGGACUACGUCUUCCAGGCCAUGGAGCGUGAUGCCUUCCCUGGUUUCCUGAGAGCAAAAGCCCUGGGCAACAUCGUCCAGCCCAGCAUGAUGUUGAGGUUGGUCGUUGGUCUCGUUGCCCUGUUCGCUGCCAUCUGGACCGCCUUUGUCCUCAUCUUCCUGGACAUGAGCAGAAGCACAAGAUGCUGGGUCAUCUUACCAUUCACUAUCGCCAUUUAUUUCCUCGUCUCUCACCAGUACAUGCUUGAUCCCAUCCAAGCGCUUCUCGGCUACUCGGAAUAUACCUUUACGAAUUACUUUGCCGUCAAGGAGAACUUUGUCCAUCGCCUGCUCACACGUCGCUCGAUGAUGUGUCUUAUGUGGAUUGCUAUCAUCGAUGCCGCCGUGUGUUGUCUCUUCAUCUUCGUUCCUGGAAAGAGACUCUGA